AUGGCCUCGCAAAACCGCGACCCAGCUGCCGCCAGUGUUGCCGUUCGCAAGGGAGCCGAGCCCAGCGGAGGUGCUGCCCAGGGCCCUGUGGGCAAGAGGCUACAACAGGAGCUGAUGACCCUCAUGAUGUCUGGUGACAAAGGGAUUUCUGCCUUCCCUGAAUCAGACAACCUGUUCAAAUGGGUAGGGACCAUCCAUGGAGCAGCCUGCACAGUAUAUGAAGACCUGAGGUAUAAACUCUCACUUGAGUUCCCCAGUGGCUACCCUUACAAUGCACCUACGGUGAAGUUCCUCACACCCUGCUACCACCCCAAUGUAGACACCCAGGGCAACAUCUGUCUGGACAUCCUCAAGGAUAAGUGGUCUGCACUAUAUGAUGUCAGAAUCAUCUUGCUGUCUAUCCAGAGCCUGCUAGGAGAACCCAACAUAGAUAGCCCAUUGAACACGCACGCUGCUGAGCUCUGGAAAAACCCCACAGCAUUUAAGAAGUACCUGCAAGAAACCUAUUCAAAGCAGGUCUCCAGUCAAGAGUCCUGA